AUGACAACUGUAAAGUUUGAUCCUGGUCUCAGACACGGUCACACGACUCUUAUAAGUGCAGAUGAAGACCAGACUUAUGAAGACUUCUACACACAGCUUCAGACAAUGAAUGAUUAUCUUAUCAAGCUCAAGAAUAUACAGAACAGUGACAGAAGACAUUACACUUCAGCAACUUAUACACCUGUGCUGAGAAAUAACAAUGAUGCAGAUGCCAUGAAUUGA